UUAAGUGGGCUUGUGAACUGCCAUGAACAGAGUGGUGGCUGGCUGUGCCCUGUGUUCGGCCUCAGGGCUGCUCUGGAUGGGACUUUUCCGCCUCUCAAAUCACCUGAUGACCCAGCUCUUCAAGGCCAAGAAGUGGAGUGUCUCGGCACACCACAUAAUGAACAUGAGUGAAGCCAUCGUUUCCAGCUUGCAGGCCGUGGCAUCCUCUGCUUGUGGAGUUGUGGUGGUGGUCUCCUGCAGGCAUGAUGUGAUGAAGGCAGUCCAUCCUCUUGCUUCCUGGUAUGCCUGGGUUGCAGGAAGCUACUUCAUUUAUGAUGCAAUAGCAAUGUAUCAGGUCCACCUGGCAAGCUUGGCAGAAGUUCCCAAGAGGUUCACUGACCGAGUAUGCAGCUACCUGAGGCGGAGGACACUCUUAGUUCUUCACCAUGUUGUUGUGGCUUUUGUCCUUGUACCUGUGCUGGUGUACAGGAGCGGGCUGGGAGACUUCUUUGUGGGCUGCUUUUACUGUGUGGAGCUUAGUGGACCCUUCACUAACAUGAGAGUUGUGUUGAGCAGACUCGCCUCAAGACUUCAAGAAACACGGCUCCCUUUCAUAACAGGGGGCUUUGUGGUGCAGUGUUCCAUUAACCCUCAGAGGACGGGUGAUAUUCUGAAACGUCAUGAGUGUGAUGGGCUCAAUGAUGAGGUGACGUUCUGGAAUAUCCUUCGAAUUUGA